AUGGAUGACAAGGCAAAAGUAUACAACUCGAGAAUUGAAUCCGAUGCUGCCCCGGAAGCGCAACCCAAAACCGCAAGUAAGGUUGAAAAGGACUCUCAUGGUCUAACUCUCACCGAAAGAGUAGAACAACUUGAGGAUGUUUCGGAGAGACCUGAUUUCACGAUAUCAGCAAUAGACUGCGAAUACAACGUCCAUUCCAGGAUUAUUUGUGCCAGGUCACGGUUUUUCGAAAAGGCCAUGAAUGGAAACUUCGCUGAAUCAAGGUCAAAAAGAAUCCAUCUGCCUGAGGAAGAAAUGGAUAGCCUUGAGUUAUUGAUUUCCAUUCUCUAUGGUUUCGAGAUUUCAUACUAUGUAGAGCUUUGGACGGAAGCACAAGAUGACUCCAAUGGAUCGACUGACGGGAUCGAUAAAUCCGAAAGUCGUAUUGCGACGCCCAAGCAUUCGUUGAUGGAGAACAAUAAGUGCCCAGAUGUCCCUCGACAAAGCGCAGGUCUUCGCCUGUUACGCUUCUACGCCCUGUCCUGGGCAAAAGAAACGGUGCUCAUUUGGACCAAAACAAAUGUCCACAGAGGCAGCAUCAUUGAGGUUAUUCGGGAUAUAUACCGAUGCGAAUCCGGCAACUAUACCGAACUCAUGGACGGAAUAUCUGCGAUUAUUAUGGACAAUGUAGACAUAUUGGUCGACCAUGACGGCUUUUAUUAUGUGGUGGCCGAGAAUGGGGAGCUUGGGGCAGAGCUGCUUCGAUAUGUAAUAUUAACGAACAAAAUUGUCAUGUCAGCAAUGUGCAUACACAGUUCAUUGGAAAAGCUGCACAAUAUUGGGGGGCAGAAAUUAGUGUAUGAAGCUGCGAGAUUGAAGUUGAAAAUCCAUCAUAGGUUGGAAAAGUUCCCUGGGCUGUCAUCCAGGAAGACAGGUAGUGAGUGA